AUGGCGAGACUUCGCCAAAUACUGCUUCUUAUUUGGAAGAAUUUCAAGCUGCAGUUUCGACACCCUUGGGUCACUCUUUUAGAAUUGGGAGUGCCUGCCUUUUUUUCUCUGUGCCUAGUAUUAAUUCGUUCUGCAAUUUCCUCAGAAAAUGUUUUACAGCCUGUAGUAUAUCAACCAUUUGAUAUCAGCAGAUUACCAUCGCACUUAACUCCAGACUUCCCUACUGAAAAAUGGGUUGUGCCAUUUGUACCUAAUACAACAUUUUCAGAAAGUGUUAUGAAUAGUGUAGCUUACACUUUAGGUUUCACAAGUUUAGGUCUUGCUAAUGAAGAUGCUAUGAUGACAUUCUAUGAAAACAACGCAUCCUCUGUUCUAGCGGGCAUUAUUUUUGAGAGUGAAUUGAUGAAUGAUACUGUUCAUCCAAAAUAUAUUAAUUACACAAUUCGGCCAAAAGCAGCAGAGGGUGGAAAUUCUGCCUUUAAGAACACCUUGAGUAACUGGUACACUGAAUAUACAUUUCCGCUGUUUCCAGCUUUGGGCCCUCGAAACAGAAACUCCUCUUGGGGUGGUAGUCCUGGUUACAUGUCUCAAGGAUUUCUUACCUUACAACAUGCAAUAGCAAUGAGCAUUAUACAGAAUCUAGGACAUAAUGUUAGCGUCAAUCUGAAUGAAGAUAUUGAUGUAUCUAUGCGUAGAUAUCCUUAUCCACCUUAUCUCAAUGAUCAGUUCAUCUUAGCUUUGGAAUUUUUCUUCCCUAUGAUCAUAUGCUUUAGUUUUAUUUAUCCUGCUGUAAAUAUAGUCAAAAAUUUGGUCAUUGAGAAAGAAAGACGAAUGAAGGAAGCCAUGAAAAUGAUGGGCUUGAGCAGAUGGCUGCACUGGUUAGCUUGGUACUUCAAAUACUUUGUGCUCUUAUGCCUCUCUUGCUCUAUUAUGACAGUACUACUUUGUGUCAAAUUUCAAAAUAAAUUAGGUGUUAUAAAUGCUACUGAUCCUACUGUGAUAUUGAUGUGGUUGAUUUUGUAUUCCACGAGCAUCAUUUCUUUCUGCUUUCUUCUCAGUACUUUAUUUUCUAAAGCUAAUUCAUCUGCAGCAGGAGCUGGAGUAAUAUUUUUCUUGACAUUUGUGCCUUACUUCUUUAUCUUGCCUCGUUACAAUCAGCUUUCUCAUAAUGAAAAAUUGGCAUCCUGUUUACUUCCCAACAUAGCAAUAGCCUUGGGCUCAAUUGUUCUUACUGUAUCUGAAGCAUCAGGUAAUGGUUUGCAAUGGAGCAACUUAGACACUCCCCCCACUCCUGAUGAUACACUUAGCUUAUCGAUAAUUUUUACCAUGUAUAUUGUGGAUGGCAUCAUCUGUUUGAUCUUAACAUGGUAUGUUGAAGCUGUUUUCCCAGGAGAGUAUGGAGUACCUGAAGUAUGGUAUUUCCCAUUUACACGAUCAUAUUGGUGUGGCCCUCAGACAGAUUUUUCUGAUAUGAUUCAAUUUUUUGAUUCGACUGAAAAGAAGUCCGUUUUUGAGCAAGACCCUGAACUAAUGGCUGGCAUACAAAUUCAAGGAUUAACUAAAGUGUUUGGAAAAGGAAACACUCCUGCAGUAAAUAAUGUCAACCUCAAUAUGUACAGAAGUCAUAUAAGUGUUUUACUGGGGCAUAAUGGAGCUGGGAAAACUACAACUAUAUCCAUGCUUACUGGCUUGAUAACUCCUACUUCUGGAACUGCAACAGUUAAUGGCUUUGAUAUUCGUGACGAGAUGAGUAGCGUUCAUUCUAGUCUAGGCAUUUGUCCUCAGCAUGACAUUUUGUUUGAUGAACUGACUGUUGAAGAACAUCUUUAUUUCUUUUGCAAGUUGAAGGGUUACAUAUCUGAUCUAGUUCCUUCGGAAGUUGAUCGCAUCAUCAAUGCACUUAGUCUUGAAGAUAAACGGAACAUGCAAUCCUCAACACUUUCUGGUGGUUGGAAAAGGAAACUUUCUGUUGGAAUCGCUCUUGUUGGUGGAUCAAGGGUUGUCAUACUUGACGAGCCAACAUCAGGAAUGGACCCUUUCAAUCGAAGGUCUUUGUGGGAUGUUUUGCAAAAUGAGAAAGAAGAUCGCACCAUUCUUUUGACCACCCAUUUCAUGGAAGAAGCAGAUGUUCUUGGUGAUCGUAUUGCUAUAAUGGCUAAUGGAGAAAUCCAAUGCUCUGGCUCUCCUUUGUUCCUGAAGAAAAAAUAUGGUGCUGGUUAUCAUUUAGUUAUGGUUAAAGAAUCAUCUUGUGAUGUUUCUCAAAUAUCUGAAAUAGUUCUCUCGCAUAUUCCGAAUGCGGAAAUGUCGAGCAACAUCGGUAGCGAGUUAAAAUACAUCUUACCUCAUGAAAGCAGCAAUUUGUUUCAUGGCUUAUUUUCUGAAAUUGAGAAAAGAAGAGAAGAGCUGAAAGUAUCAGGAUAUGGAGCUUCCAUUACCACAAUGGAGGAAGUAUUCAUCAAGGUCGGAAAUGAAGCUGAAUGUGCUCGCUCUGGUUCAACAUUGGACAUCAAUAAAGGAUCAUUUCAGAAUGAAUCUUUUUCCCCUUCUGACAGUGGUGUUUUUAAUUCUGAAUACAAUGAUAAUAUUUCUGGUAAUUGGGUACAAUUAGCUUCUCUAGGUACAACUAUAGACCUUGCAAGUACAGAUGGAACUUCUGAAGAAAGAAAUAUUGGAUUCCACUUGUUUGUUACUCAAUUGUACGCUCUUCUUGAAAAAAGAAUUUUGCAUUCUUACAGAAAUAUUCUGCUGACUUUAUCACAGCUUAUUUUACCACCGUUUUUCCUCAUCCUGACUCUUAUUAUGUUGAAAACACUGCCAAAACCCCAAGAUUCACCCCUUCUUCUACUGAGCACUGAAUCUUUCCACGGUACCACAGCUCCCUAUGUCGUAGACCAGAAAGUCAAUGAAACCAUUCAGCUCGGAAAAAUUUAUGCAACUUUGUUCAAUUCUUUGGAUAACCCAGUUAAAUUAGAUGCUGAGAAAGUUAAUAUUACUGAAUAUCUUAUAAAUGAAGCAAUAAGAGAUAUUGGGAAGUAUAACAUGCAUAAUAUGGUUGGAGCUAUGUUUGAAAAUAAAAAAGGCACUCGGAAAAUCACUUCAUUAUUCAACAAUCAAGCUUACCAUUCUGCUGCAAUAUCUUUAUUGCAAGUGGACAAUGUUAUCUUGAAAUAUUUAACCAAAGAUAAUUUUACAUUUUCUGUAAGCAAUCACCCUUUGCCUCGAACACUGGCAGAAAAGGGAAAGCAGCAGCAAACUCAAACAACUGAAUCUUAUCAAAUUGCUCAAGACAUUAUGUUUGGAAUGUCCUUUUUAAUUGCUAGUUUUGCAGUGUUCAUCAUUAAAGAGCGAUCGUCAAAUUCCAAGCACUUGCAAAGAGUCAGUGGAGUUAAUUUGUUUUCAUAUUGGCUUGCAUCCUUCAUUUGGGAUUUCUUGAAUUACCUAAUACCUUGCUGCAUUCUACUUUUUAUCUUCUUUUGCUUUUCUACUGAAGGAUUAAGUUCCCCAACUGAAUUAGGUCGUUUAUUUUUGUUGUUCUUCAUACAUGGUUUUUCAGCAUUGCCCUUUGUGUACUGUUGCACAUUUCUAUUUCUUUCUCCCUCUACUGCUUAUGUUCGACUUAGUCUUUUUAACAUUUUGACUGGAAUUGCCUGUUUGCUGACGGUAACUAUCUUGGAAAUUCCUGAUCUUGGGGUUACGUAUGUUGCACAACCUCUGGAUUAUAUAUUCUCAAUAUUAAUACCAAACUUCAGUUUAGGACGAGCUGUAAGCAAUCUGUAUCAAAAUCGCCAAUUUAACAAGUUUUGCAACAAGAAUUAUAUCAAAGCAUUUUGUAAAAUGGAUCCAAUAUUGGAUAUAAUAAAGCCAUGUUGUAAAGGUAAAUGUGGUGAUGAAUGCAUCCCUUGGCAAGAAAAUUAUUUAGCGUUUGAGGCUGCUGGUAUUGGAAAGCAGUUAGUAUUUUUUUCAAUACAAGCAAUCAUUUUCACAAUUUUACUUAUACUUUGUGAGUGGAACUUCCUGCGAUACCUCAGGUACAAACUUAAGGGUAAAAAGAUAAUGCCUAGUGUCAACACUAUUGUAGAAGGUGUUGAUUCAAGCAAUGACUUCAUAGAAGAUGAUGAUGUUAAGACUGAAAGGGUAAAAAUUGUAUCAAGUUCCAUGGAAGAAUUAUUUUUCAAUCACCAUUUAGUCCUCAGUCAGCUCACUAAAUGUUAUGGCAGCUUGAAGGCAGUUGAUAAAGUAACAUUUGGUGUUCAAAAAGGUGAAUGCUUUGGUUUGCUAGGAUUGAAUGGAGCUGGAAAAACCACUACUUUUAAGAUGAUCACUGGUGAUGAAUCAAUUUCUUCUGGCGAAGUUUAUUUGGAUGGAUUCAGCAUUAAAAAGUCUAUGAGAAAGGUUCAGAGACGAAUUGGCUAUUGCCCACAAUUUGAUGCUCUUAUUGAUCAGCUAACAGGAGCUGAAACUUUGACCCUUUUUGCACGUUUAAGAGGAAUCCCAGAGAACCUCAUUCCUGAUCAAGUAUCUUCUCUGGGUGAAUUACUUGGCUUUCAAAUACACAUGAGAAAACAAGUGAAGGAUUACAGUGGUGGAAACAAACGAAAGCUGAGCACUGCUAUUGCACUGAUAGGUAAUCCUCCAGUAAUAUUUCUUGAUGAGCCUACAACAGGAAUGGACCCUGUAGCUCGCAGACAUAUGUGGAAAGCUCUUUUGCAAGUUCUGAAAUCAGGACGUUCCAUUGUUUUAACAUCUCACAGCAUGGAAGAGUGUGAAGCUUUAUGCAGUCGUUUGGUAAUUAUGGUGAAUGGAAAAUUGUGCUGCUUGGGCAGCCCUCAGCACCUUAAAAAUAAAUUUGCUCAAGGAUUUUCAUUAAUAAUAAAAAUUGGUCGUAGACCUACUGUCAAAUAUCUCCAGAGCCCACUGCAUACUCCUCCUGAAAUGGCAUGUCAUUCUUCAUACAACUGGUCAGCUUCAACCAAAAAUCUUGCUCAAGACAUUGAUGAAGCGAAAUCUUUUGUGGAAAGAACAUUUUUGAGUGCUGUUUUGAAAAAUGCUCAUGAAAACCUUCUUCAUUAUCACAUUCCUAGCCCUCGAUUAAAUUGGUCCGAGAUUUUCAAAGCCAUGGAGGAAGCCAAAAGUUCCCUAAAUAUUGAAGAUUAUUCAGUAGGUGAGACAACUUUAGAGCAAGUAUUCUUGAACUUUGCAAUGGUCCAAAGAGAUUCUGAAGUUGUAGCACAUUGA